ACUCGCCCGAGUUUCAGGUGAACACAAUCUCUCUCCUCUUUUUCUCCUUUCCCUCGAUGGCUUCUUCAGUGCUUUAGCAUCUAGGUUUUUGACACUUCGAUCAAUGCAGCAUCAGCAGCGUCACACUACAGGUGGAUUUUGGACUGUCUGCUCUCAAGAUUUGUUUUUUCCCCAGACUUGAGAGAAGAUUGAGGGGCCACUGUUUGGGUACAAUAUAGGAUGGACCUGACAUUUCUGAGUGCCAUUCUAGUUGGAGCAGGUUGCCUUGCUUUGGGAUACUACAUUGGCGCACGAUAUCCUGCUCGCAUCUUUAUCUCAACAAGAUUAUCUAAAGACGCUGCAGUUGUUGGUAAUGGGAAGAAGAAUGAUAAGCCCAAAGAGCCUCUUGAGAUUGAAAAUCUGGCUGACAUUCUUGAAGAUUUCAAAAUGGUUUUGGUUGCAAGGAAUGAUCUAAAGAUGGGUAAAGGGAAAAUUGCUGCCCAAUGCAGUCAUGCAACUUUGGGUCUCUAUAAAAAGCUUCUUCGUCGGGCACCAAAAGCUUUAAAUAGGUGGGAGAUGUGUGCACAGCCUAAGGUGGUUGUAAAAAUUGAAAGCGAGGAAGAUAUGCUAGUUUUGCAAGAGCGGGCAAAAUCGCUAAAUAUACCAACCCACAUUACAAUUGAUGCAGGGAGAACGCAGAUUGCACCAAAUUCGAGGACAGUGAUGGCUAUUCUUGGACCUGUUGAAGUAGUUGAUGAAGUAACUGGUGGACUGAAACUCUUAUAGUCGUUUCUUCAUUCAAGUAGAUGAUCAUCAUACGCCACAAAGCAGUAGAGCAUUUAGAGGAUUACAGUCAGAUCAAAAGUCUUGGUCAGAAAGUGGGUCCAUUUACAUAUAAUGAAGAUCCAUUUUAUGCAGGGCCUCCUCAACUAGAUUUUCACAUUGAACCUUUCUUAUUUACCAUUUAUGAUGAUGACGAAAAUCUUUGUGAUGGAUUCAUGACAUUGAAGCUGUGGAGUUAUUACUGAACGCAUGUGAGCCGUUCAAUUUUCAUGAGAUGUGGAAUCUAGCAAUUAGGUCCCUUUUUUUAA